AGACGCGUCGACAAAUCGGGAUCCCCUGGACGCACAGCCCAGCCAAGGAACCUGUUGCCCUUCGUCUAAACUUAAAACAGUCCAAAGAGCGAAAGCAACAACGACUGCAGCAUCCCUUUCACUUCCACCAUCGUCACCAACUCUUCUCCCUCGGAACCGACGCGGAUAUGAACGCCAACCCGCUGAGCGUAAAGCUGACAAAGCUACUCUCGUCCUCGCUUGAUGACCCAAAACUCAGGACAUCCCUCUCGGCCCUGUCUGAAUUCUACACAGUCAACGCAGUCAACGCGCGACACAACCUCAGGGGCGAUAUUGAGCGCCGAGGGACAGAGGUCAACUACGAGCUCCUACACGAGUUGGAAAACGUCAAAAACCAAUUCCUGGAACUGGAAGCAGAGAUGAAUGCUAUGAACUCACUCUGCCAGGAAAUGCAGGACAGGCUGAACCUGGCGAACGACAAGACUAUAACUCUUCUCGAACAGACGGAUGCCCUGCGGGAACAGAGCAACGUCUGCUUGGUCCGGCAGACGAUCAUGGAGGCGUUUCUGGAUCUAUUCACGUUGUCAGAGUCGGAAAUUACCAUCUUGUGCUCGACAGCUAUGGAUAUUACUCCGUCGUUUUUUGACGCUCUCGAACAUCUGGAGAAUAUUCACGCCGACUGCAACGCCCUUUUGAUCACUGAGCACCAGCGAGCAGGUCUGGAAAUUAUGGAUUCGAUGAGAACAUAUCGCAGCAUCUCAUACGAUAAAUUAUACCGAUGGAUGCAGAACGAAUGCAGGACUAUGAGUCGGCCCGAUGGCAUGAUGGAGGUCCGAGAAGUCACUAAAAAGGCCAUCCAAGCAUUGAAGCAAGACGAUCAAUAUUUCCGGUCUAUUCUAGAAGAGUUGGUCCAUGUGCGCCGCAACGCGAUUCUCCGAGCAUUUAUUGAUGCACUGACUAGAGGCGGACCUGGAGGUACACCACGCCCAAUUGAGCUUCAUGCGCAUGAUCCGCUACGAUAUAUUGGCGAUAUGUUGGCGUGGAUUCAUCAGACCGUAGCGAGCGAACGCGAGUUUUUGGAGAGUCUAUUGAACAGCAGCGAAAAGAGGAAUCGGGAUCGUGGACAGGCAGAGGUCAAGCUGCCGAAGGCCAGUCCACUUCGGCUUGUUGAGAGCGAUGUCUCGGAUGCCGAGAUCGUGAACUCGCUCCUGGACAAGAACGUGGAAGGAACCUCGCGACCACUGAAGUCCCGAGUAGAGCAGGUUCUGAUCUCUCAGGCAAAUGCUAUUACGGCGUUCAAAAUAUCGAAUCUCAUCAAGUUCUACUCAUCAACGAUCGACAAAGCUAUUGGAUCAGAAGCGUCGCUCUCCAAAACCCUGCAUGAGAUAUUGGAAGCAUCGAUGCAUAUGUUCUUCGAGGCAAUUGGCAAACACUCGGCCGAUUUGCUGCGCCGUCCUGAUGCACCAGCUGCGGAUUUGGGACCUACGCCGGCCGUCAAAGAGACAGUGUCACAGCUGAAGGAGAUCAUGAAGUCUUUUGAUACCUCCUUUGUUCAGGCGGAUGAAGGCAACCAGGACUUUGCGCCGAUCUUAAGUGCAACUAUCGAUCCGUUAUUCCAGAUGUGCGAGAUUGGCGCAGCGAACCAAAGCGCAUUCAAUCGGGCCGUCUUCAUGAUGAACUGCCUGCAUUAUGUUCAGUUGGCCCUUGUAUACCCUUUCACGAAGAACAAGGUAGAAGAUCUGGAGAAGCAGGUUCAAGAAUACGUUGAUAUCGUUGUUGUUGAGCAGCAUAUUGUGCUGCUGAAGCAGUCAGGAAUCGCAUCACUUAUCCAGGCCAUGGAGACAAAAGAUGAGAAGACGCCUCUGUCGUUGGUACCAGGGAUGGACGCUGCAACUGUCUCCACAGUGCUGUCAAGGCUUGACCACUUUCUGGGCUCUGUCAACUUGGAUUUAACAUCAUGGCUAUCGAAGAUUGUGUCCUCAAGACUGGCCAAAAAUAUUAGCACGCAGAAUGUCAAAAUGUUCGUCGACGCUUAUAGACGGCUCUGCAGGGCGAUAGAGGACCCCAAAAACAAAUACGAGUUUCCGGCCACGAUCCUCGUACGUACUGCCGAUGAGGUGGAGAUGCUGCUUGUGGAGGACUGACGAGCUAUCUGAUAGACAUCCGCAUAGAAGAUUGCACAAAAAAUAAUGAAGUGGCUGAGUCGUGCAAAUGUGUUUUGACCUUGAGCUUGGAGAGACCCUGGAACGUUCCUUAUU